AUGAAGAAGCAAGGACCAGCUGCUAGAUCAGAUUUCGUCAUGGCGCGGCAACCGCUAUUCAAUCGCCUACCACAAAACGUCCCACCCAAGACAGAAGAAAGAGAAAUUUACAAUAUGCCAACAGAAGAUCGAACUUGGCCGCAUCCUGAGCCAUCAGUUGAAGAACAGUUCGUCGAAAGAGAACCCUCCGUCAAGGCUCAGGGUAUCGACAUCAUGACUUUGGACAUGCAGCAUCUCGUGGGCAAAAUCCAAGAGCUGAGCCGUAUUGGUAUCGAGGACAACCAGAUUGCAUUGCCCAAGAUUUGUGUUGUUGGUGACCAGAGUACUGGCAAAAGUUCUUUGAUCGAGGGUAUCUCCGAGAUCCAGGUUCCCCGGAGCGCCGGUACCUGUACCAGAUGUCCGAUGGAGAUCAAUUUGUCGGAGAGCAAGCCAGGUGACCCGUGGAAGUGUAUCGUGUACCUCUCCCGUCGGUAUGUGUACGACCCGUCGAACAAACUAAAGACCUCGAAGCGAACGGGUCUCCUAGGCCCUUGGGUUGCACGCGUCGGUCGAGACGAGGAGGUCUUCAUGACAUUGUAUGAUAGAUCUGAGGUGCAAGAGACUAUCAAGUGGGCCCAGGUCGCCAUUCUGAACCCAGCAGAUGAUUCCAAAAUCUACAAACCUGGCAUGAAUCGGGGAGUCACAGAGAAGACUGCUGUUAAAUUCUCGCCGAAUGUUGUUCGAUUGGACAUCUCCGGGCCCAAGUUCCCAGCUCUGUCCUUUUAUGACCUUCCUGGAGUGAUUAGCCAGCCUGAACACGACGAUGAGAAAUAUCUCGUCAGGCUGGUCGAGAAUCUAGUCAAACACUAUGUGUCGCAGGAGAAUUGCAUCAUCCUCCUCACUUUGACCAUGACGGACGACGCUACAAAUUCGAGUGCUGCUAGGCUGAUCCGAGACAUCAAGAACGCCAAAGAACGAACCCUGGGCGUACUUACAAAACCAGACCGUGCCUUGGGUAUGGAAUCUUUCGAGCAGUGGAGAGAGAUCCUCGCGGGUCAGAAAUUCAAGCUGGGCCAUGGGUACUUCGUGGUGCGAAACAACCAGGAUCCUGGUGUCGACCAUGCAAGGGCUCGCAAGGAAGAAGAAAGAUUUUUUGACGGUUCAUUCUGGAAGGGUUCUAUGUCUGAAUAUAGAGAUCGCCUUGGUGUUCGCCGACUCCAAGAGGCACUCAAGGAAAUCUUGAUGGCCCAAAUCCAGAUGUGCCUGCCGUCCAUCAUCGAUCAAAUCAAUGAAAAAGCACGUCGGGUCAAUAGAGAGCUGGCGGAUUUGCCAAGUCCACCCACCGAAAACCGUCAAUAUAUCGUGAUGGAGAAGGUUUUGGCCCUUCGAUCUCGGUUGAACGAGAUCUUGAUUGGGAGCUCUGAGGUUCACGACACUCGCAAGAUGUUCCUUAGGUUUUCGAACCGGCUUGCCACGGAUUUUCAAACAGCAUUGAAGAUAACCAAACCGACUGUCAUGGGCGUUGUCGUGACAGACACGGAAUCAAAAGGCAACCAGAAUGUCAAUGGCUCACCCCAGGCCGGUCGAUUGAAACGCAAGCAUGAAAGCAGCGACAUGACACCUCCAGACUCGCCGACCCCUGCUCCGCCCACCAAGCUGUACCUCAUAGAUGGUAUUUUCGACAAGUACGUCGAGGCAGCCCGCAGGUUCCACCCUCGUGAGAUUCGAGAGUUCCGAGAGGAAUCGGGCUCGACAGGAAUCCCGAACCAUAUUGACCCUACGGUCAUUGAGUCCCUGAAUAGAGCGAGCAUCAAACACUGGAGCGAGCUUGCGAGUGUCUUUGUCUCUGCGACGUGCACAAUUGUCCUCAAAAUUAUCACGAAGUGUCUCGAUGAGGUGAUCGCCCAAUAUCGUCAAACGGGCCUUUAUCGAGAAUUGAGUCGAGUUAUUAGCGAAUUCAUCAAUGAAUGCCAAGUUGAAUUCAUGGGCCAUGCCAGGGCUCAAUUCCGAAUCGAGUACGACAAGCCCUUCACCAUGGCUCAGGCGCGACACAAAGCUGCCUCCAAGAGCGCUCUUCAGCUGCUCACUUCAGGACGCAACCGAGCACGAGCGCGAGCGAUUAUUCGUCAGGCGGGCGGUGAUGUUGAUGACGAGUCCAAGAUUGUCAAAAUCAUGAAGGAUUUGGGUAUUGAUGAUUUUGUUCAAGAAAUCGAGAUGAUGGCAGAUUCUCAUGGGUACUACGAGAUUGCGAGCUCCCGCUUUUUGGAUGUUAUUUGCCAGUCCGCCCAUGCCAAGGUCAUCAGCAAGUGCCGGACUCACCUGGUUGACGUGAUCAACGACCGAUUGAACACCAAGUCUGCCGAUCAAUGUAACGUGUUGAUGGCUGAGGAUCCUGAGCGAGAGCGACGACGCGGGGAAUUGAUUCGUGAGCGAGCAAAGUUGAGUCGAGCGCAGGAUUGGAUCCAGACGAUUCAUCAUACUGAUGAUAUGGACACUGUGUCUGACGGCUUUGCCCCCAUUCACGAAUGGGCCCCUGAGGAUGAGCCAAUGUGA